GCUUCCGCCAGCAGCUUUCCGACGCUGCGAGUAUGGACUGGUGACAAUUAUGGCUGUGACUCCGUGGCAAUUCAAAUUCUUCGACGUCACCCAAGUCAAGCUUCCCGACGACGAGAGCUCAUUCCUAUCCGAACCGGGCAAUAUAACAUCUGUAAUAUCAGGAUCGGAAAGCAUCUUCUUCGGCAGCUCGGAUGGCGUCGUUCGCAUUGUAUCGCAGGCCUUCAAGGUCGUGCGCUCGUUCAAGGCGCAUGAAACCGGCGCAAUCACGCACAUGAAGCAAGUCUCGGGAACGGCACUGCUUGUCACGAUAUCGGAAGAUCUGUCGAACGAGCCUGUACUCAAGGUGUGGGCUUUGGAUAAAUUGGAAAAGAAGACGGGCAUUCCGCGGUGCCAGAGCACGCUCACCAUACACAACGGACGAAAGCAAUUCCCCAUAUCUGCUUUCGCGGCGCUAGAGGACUUGUCCCAACUUGCUGUAGGAUUCGCAAAUGGCGCUGUGACAGUUGUCAGGGGUGAUUUGAUUCACGACCGAGGCGCAAGGCAACGUACCGUGUUCGAAUCGGAGGAGCCCAUCACUGGCAUCGAGCUCCGCGAGGGUAGCAUAACGACUCUAUACAUCGCGACGACGAAUCGAAUUCUGACCCUCGUAAUAUCUGGAAGAGGCCAGGGACAGCCUGCAAAGACCCUCGAUGAGCAUGGGUGCGAUGCAUACUGUAUGGCCGUGGACAAAUCGAAUCGCGAUGUGGUUGUGGCACGCAAUGACGCCUUCUACACCUAUGGCCUCCAUGGCAGAGGACCCCCUUUUGCAUACGAAGGCGAGAAAAAGAUGAUAUCAAUCUUCAAAGACUAUAUCGUCAUAGUCUCACCGCCCAAAUCCAAUGCAAUGCCACGAUCAAGUGCACUUCGGGCCUUCGGUGUGGGAGCAAGUGACGUCUUCAAUACUUCCACAUUCACUCUUCUCAAUACUGAGCUGCGGUUUGUGGCACAUCAAGAACAGCUGUCUUCUCAGGUUAAGGCUGUAGUCUCCGAAUGGGGCGACCUCUUCGUUCUGACAACAGAUGGAAAAAUUUUCCGAUACCACGAGAAACCUUUUAAUCAAAAGCUCGAUAUCCUCUAUCAAAGAAAUCUCUACGUCUUAGCGAUCAAUCUUGCACAAAAGGCUGGGUUGGAUUCCUCACAACAGAAUGUCAUUCUUCGCAAAUUUGGUGAUUAUCUGUAUCAGAAGCAAGACUAUGAUACAGCUAUGCAGCAAUACCUGAAAGCAAUCGACAACACUGAACCAUCACAGGUCAUACGCAAGUUCUUGGAUACUCAAAGAAUCCAUAAUCUCAUCGAAUACCUGGAAGAAUUACAUGACCAUCACAAAGCGACCUCAGACCACACUACGUUGUUGCUGAACUGUUACGCAAAACUCAAGGACGUCGAUAAGCUCGAAGAAUUUAUCAAGUCUCCAGGUGAUCUCAAAUUCGACCUCGAUACUGCCAUAUCUAUGUGUCGCCAAGGUGGAUACCAUGACCAAGCAGCAUAUUUGGCUCGCAAGCAUGGUGAGCACGAGCUUGUCGUAGACAUCCUCAUCGAAGACUCGAAGCGAUAUGCAGAAGCACUGGCCUACAUAUGGCGCUUAGAACCCGAAGUAGCGUAUCACAACCUCCUGAAGUAUGCCACUGUUCUCCUCCAGGAAUGUCCAAAGGAUACUACGCAACUCUUUAUCGACUACUAUACCGGUACUUUCCGACCUAAGAAGGAUGCCAUCGUGAUCCCCAAUGCGCCCGUGUCCUCCGGAAUGGGCAUGGGCAUCAGUGCCGCCUCCAAUGCCGUGCAGAACCUCGCUGCAUUGCUUCCGCUUCCUUAUAUGAAUGUCAGCUCGGUUUCUUCACCGCCAGCCGGGAGCGAGUCGAAAUCCAUAAUGAGUCAAGCCCAAAUCAUUGAGACGAACGACGACGAACCGGCACCAGAAUACAAAAUCCCAAAGCCACGAACUGCAUUUUCUGCCUUUGUGGACCACUCACAAGAACUCAUCGUAUUUCUGGAGGCCUGCAUCAACUCCGAAAACCUCCGCGAAGACGAUAAAGUGGACCUCUACACCACCCUUUUCGAAAUGUAUCUCCACACUGCCUCUUUGAAAAAGGACGGCGAGAAGAAAGCGUGGGAGGACAAAGCAAAGAAACUUGUAGAAGGAAAGAACAUCCCCAUCGAUACGUCCAACGUGCUCCUGCUCUCGCAUCUCACCAACUUCCGAGACGGCACCAUACUGGUGCGCGAGCAGCAAGGUCUACACUUCGACAUAUUCCGCUCGUAUACGUCCGUGAAAGACACCCAGGGCGCCAUCCGCGCGCUCAGGAAGUACGGGCCCGUAGAGCCUGCACUAUACCCAGCCGCAUUGGCCUACUUCACUUCGGACCCGCAAAUCCUGUCAGAGGCAGGCGACGAACUGGACUCUGUGCUCAAGAAGAUCGACCAAGACGGCCUCAUGGCGCCCCUCCAAGUCAUCCAGACCUUAAGCACAAACGGCGUAGCAACCAUGGGAAUGAUCAAACAGUACCUCUCCACGACCAUCGAGCGCGAACGCCAGGAAAUCGCCACGAAUCGACAAACCAUCCAAACCUUCCGCGCCGACACGGAGGCCAGACAGGCCGAGCUCGACAAGCUCAACACCAAGCCCGAAGUCUUCCAAGCCACCCGCUGCAAGGUCUGCAGCCAGCCCCUCGAACUCCCCGUCGUGCACUUCCUCUGCAAACAUAGCUACCACCAGCGCUGCCUCAGCACCGACGAGGACGUCGAGGACGAGGCUGUCGAGUGUCCGCUCUGCAGCCAGCAGAAUCAGACUGUCAGGGCGAUUAGGAGAGCGCAGGUCGAGAGUGCGGAGCGGCAUGACAUGUUCUUGGAUGCGUUGAAGAGGGGGAGAGACGGGUUCACUAUCGUUAGUGAGUGGUUUGGAAGGGGUGUCAUGGGCGUGGGUAGUGCGGAGUGAAUGAGAGCGAGAUGGAUGGAUGAAUUAUAUAUAGCCAUCAUACACACACAUAGAUAUAUCAUAACGGUUACGAUGAAUUUAAUAUUUCCUGUUCUUGCACUUUCAGUGCCGUCGGACUUGGUUGGCUUCAUCGUUUCUCUUGCCGUUAUAUGGUAGCCACCCCUUAACACGUAAC